CAUUGUAUCAGUGCGCCGCGAGCUCUACGUCGCGCAGGUUGCGAUUUUUGGUCGAGGAGCUAAUUCGAUAUAGCCACUGCUAUAUUUAUCCGAUACGGGGUGAGAGUGCUUGUGAGUGUGUUUGUGUCUGUGGGAAUAUUUCAAGACUUUCUUCGUCAGCUGGGCAUCAUUUGUAUGUAAAUGCAAAGAAAUUAAAAAACCGAGGAAGGCAACAAGUGGCUGUAGAAAGUGCAAACUGGUUUUUUUGGCUGCUGCUGCUGGCAAACGUGGCAAUAAAGAGAAACAACAAUAAAACCAAAACAAAAGAUAUUUUGUAAACUGAUUAUCACUGUGUGUUAUCGCAGGGAUUAUCCAAUGUGUGAACUAUUCGAGAAGUGAAAGUGACGAGGAAGAAAUGCCCGCUAAGUGCUGAUCGAGGAAACUCCAGACAUGUCCGCCACCUACACUAACACCAUAACGCAGCGCCGCAAGACGACGACGCAGCGCUCCAAGCUUAGGCAGCAACAACAACAACAGCAGCAAUGGUCGGGCAGCGAUGCCAGCGGCGAGCCAAACGAAAGACUUCACUUUCGCAGCCGUUCAACAAGCUCAACUGCAGCGUUCAAUUCACCUUCACCACUGUGCUGUAACGGUGGCAUGUCGCUGCUCAAUUGCUGCCUCGACGUCAAUUGCCAUUUGAAUGCGCCGCUGCGCGGCAGCGUUAGCCGGCACACAACACCAGCCGCGACGCCAACGCCGACGCAGACACCGACGCCAAAACAAGCCUCCCCAUCGCCUACCUCCGACCGGUCGAAUUCGUGUUCACCUUCACGCUCGUGCUCGCUCUCCCGCUCGCGCUCACCUGCACGCGAUCAAAGGCAAAAACAAAAGCUAAAGCUUAAGAACAGCGCAGCUGCAGCAGCGAGGGCAGCGGUGGCAGAGGACGCCAAAACGCCAGAGCUUACACCGCCGUUUACCGUUAGCCUGAGAAUCGAUCUCUUUAGCUGGGCGCUCUUUCUGCUGGCGUUCGGCACGCGAUUCUACAAGUUGGCAACACCACGUAAUAUUGUAUUCGAUGAACUGCAUUAUGGCAAAUAUAUCGCCCACUAUAUGAGAAAUAUAUUUUUCUUCGACCAACAUCCUCCGCUGGGAAAACAGCUGAUAGCCGGACUGGUUAGUCUGGCCGGUUACGAUGGCAACUACACGUUUUCCCAAAUCGGAGAUCCCUACAGCCCGGAAGUUCCCAUCUUUUGGUUCCGAUUUCUACCGGCUCUCUGCGGAAGUCUACUGGCUCCCGUUGUCUACAAGCUGCUGUUGGAGGCGAAGCUGAGUCGGUGGGCAUCCGCCCUCGGUGGUCUGCUGGUCAUCUUGGACAACUCCCUGCUAACCCAGUCCCGUUUCGUACUAAUGGAAUCGAUGCUCUUGCUGGGCGCUACCCUGGGGAUAGCUUUUCUGUUGCGGUUCCAGCGAUCGCGAUUGGGCAGCUUCCAGUGGGUGGCCACCGGAGUGGCGGCGGCGGUUUUCCUGGCAGCUGCCGGGGUGGUCAAGUAUAUUGGCUUCCUGUCUCUGGCACUGGCUUUGUACAUGCUCUGCCGGCACUUGUGGCAGCUGCUCUACGAUGCAAGUCUGACCAACCGACAACUUUGGAUCCACGCCGUGAGUCGCAUCCUGAUUUUUGUGGGUAUUCCCCUCAUCUUGUACCUGGGCGUCUUCUACAUCCACUUCCGGACGCUUCACAAGGCCGGGCCACAUGACAGCAUCAUGACCAGCGCCUUCCAGGCCUCCUUGGACGGUGGGCUGGCUUCAAUAACAAAGGGACAGCCCUUGAAGGUGGCCCAUGGAUCACAGAUCACGUUGCGACACACCCACGGACGCACCUGCUGGCUGCACUCCCAUGCAGCCGUCUAUCCGGUGCGGUACAAGGACAAGCGCGGCUCCUCCCACCAGCAGCAGGUGACCUGCUACUCCUUCAAGGACGUCAACAACUGGUGGAUUGUGAAGCGACCCACCAAGGAGGAGCUGGUGGUGGGCGACUAUCCGGACGUCAUUCGGCACGGAGACAUCAUCCAGCUGGUACAUGGAAUCACCAGCAGAGCCCUGAACUCCCAUGACGUAGCCGCUCCUCUGACGCCGCAGUGUCAGGAGGUGAGCUGCUACAUAGACUACGACAUCAAGAUGGCCGGAGAGCUGUUGUGGCGGGUGGAGAUCCUGAAUCGGGCCUCGGAGGGCAACAGCUGGCAUGCCAUCAAGUCGGAGAUCCAGCUCAUCCACGAGUCCACGGGAGCGGCUCUGAAGUUCAGUGGCCGCCAGCUACCGGAAUGGGGCUUCAAUCAGCAUGAAGUGGUGGCGGAUCGGAGUACAGAGCAUCAGGAUACUGUAUGGAAUGUGGAGGAGCAUCGUUAUACCCAGACUCAAGAUCACCGGGAGCGGGAAAGGCAGCUGCUGAACGCCGAGAUGAUCCCCACCAAGCGAACCCGUCUUACCUUCCUGCAAAAGCUGUUCGAGCUUCAGGCCAAGAUGUUCUGGCAGGCCGGCGAACUGCAGGCCCACAUGUACAGCUCCCAGCCGCACGAGUGGCCGCUGAUGGACAAGGGCAUCGCCUACUGGCUGGACGAGAACUCCAGUGCCCAGAUCUUUCUGCUGGGCAACCUGGUGAUCUGGUACUCGGCCACCUGGGGCAUCCUCAUCUAUGCCGUCCUACUUGCCUUCUAUCUGAUCCGACGACGACGCCUCUGCUUCGACAUACCGGAGCCGGAGUGGCGGAAGUUCCUGAAUGUCGGCAACACCUUCUUUGUCGGCUACUUGAUCCACUAUCUGCCCUUCUUCUUCAUGGACCGGACGCUCUAUCUUCACCACUACAUGCCGGCCUUUGUGUUCAAGCUCCUCCUGCUGUGCUAUGUGGUGGACCACUUGGACUAUGUGCUGCGUCGCUUCUGCACUGGACGAGCUGUGCACGCAGUGCGGAUCUAUCGCCUCUGUCUGAUCCUGUGGCUUGUGGGGGUGUUCAUGGUAUUCGUCAAGUUCCUGCCCUUCAGCUAUGGAUCGACGAAGAUGACCAACGGCGAGGUGCGACGCCUGCGCUGGAAGGACACCUGGGACUUUGUGCUGACCAAGAACCAGGCCCUACAGCACUAAGACCACUCAUAUGCCAUCUCCGCGGCCAGCUAAGUGCAAUGUACCGUGUACACAAGACUAGGAGACCUAAACUAAAGUUGAACUAGUGCUAAGCCAUAAAAUAAUUGAAAUGUAAACGACAUACUCACUUGCGAGAUUGAUUAAAAGGAGAUUUAUUUAUUUAUUGAAA